UCUCACUGUAGACAGCCACCUGUUCAUACCGGUCUGCCUCUAUAGGGGGGCCAAAUGGAGCGUUGGAGGUUGAGCUUACAGGGACAAGAUAACCAAAUUGAGCUUUAAUAGUUGUCUUAUCUUUCACUCCAGCAUGUUUCAGUUCAUGCUGUUCACAACUCUUCUGCUGGAUUUAUCCGCAGUGUCCAACACAGCUGUUCUAGUACGGAAUGGAUCCUCUGUGACUCUGCUCUGCAAAAACUCUGACAUGAGUAAUGCUUGCUGGAGCAGAACAUGUAAUGGGUUUUGGUGCGUUGAACCAAUAAUGGAGGUAUCCGGACCUGACAUUUAUGGCCCGACACACCCUGACAAAUACAGCCUCAGAGGAGACCUGAGCAUUGGAGAGCUAGACCUCACCCUUUCAAAUGUGAAGCCAGCAGACGAUGGGACCUACUGCUGCAUGACCAGUGCAUCACCAAACCCAAUGACCUACCAUCUGAAAAUAGUUAAUGGUUGUGUGAGGGAGCUCCUGAAAGAUGUUUCUUUCAUUUAUAAUGACAUUAAGCAAUUUGCAAGCCCAAAUGCAAACCAAUGUCAACAGAGCUGCACCCAACUUGAUGCCUGUCAGUAUUUCACAUAUAUUCACAGUCGACAGGAGUGCUAUCUGAAGGGCUCAGCUGGUGGCAGGGCAAUGAAUGUGAUGCACUUAGAAGACAGAGUUUCAGGCUACACCCUUCAAGACUGCAAGGAAAAAGGAAAGAAAACUGUAAGCAUGGUGAAGAUGUUUUUGAAAGUACCUCCAGGAGUUGACCUUAAUGACCCUCUGGUGAAAGAGCAAAUUCUCACGCAGAUACAGGCAGAGAUCGCCCAGACAGAUGGAGGUGCAUCUGUGCGAUGGAAGGAGCAGUCGGAUGGAAAAGUCUUCCAGAAGAAAGAGAAAGAGGAGAGAAAGAAAGAAUUGUGUAAAGAAGUCACAGGAAUGCUGAGUGAGACUCCUACAGGGGACAAAGUGGGCUUCAUUUAUUUGAAAGAGAAAUUAAAUUGUUGGCGAAGACUUUCUUCUAAUUGUUCUGCUUUAUCUGAAAUGUCACGUCAUGUUCAAAGAGUUGUAGUAGGCACAACAGGGUAUGCUGAUUUGUUAAUCAUAAUCUGUUCAUCUAAGUUGAAGUCUUCAUUCUUUUUAUGCUUUAUUUAACCAUGAUCGGUCACAUUGAGAUCUCUUUUUUACGUGAGCCCCGGGAUUAAUGUAGCAAUGUGUAACAAAGCUAAAUAUCCCGAUUCAAUCAAAGCUACAAACCAGGCUUCUAGGGUAGGAGAACAACAACCUAUUUACUCUAUGAUGAGAAACAAUGAUUGAUUUAAUAUGCAAUAAGUACAACUUUUUAUUUCACUUUAAACACAGAGCUUUGAAUGUGUGAAUUCAAGCAUGUUUACAGGGCAAAACAAGGGUGUCUGAACUUUAUUGAGUAUGGGCUAAGUGUGUGCUAAACAAAUGUUCUAAAGAUAAUUAUAUUUGAAAACGCAUACAAUAUCAACAUUCCAGACUAAGUUAUGUCAAACUAUUUAAACUGUUCACAUUAGAUAUGCAUAAUUGUCGGUGCAACAAAUAAAACUUCCACAUGGUAUUCACUGAAAACAUGGUAUUCACUGAAAACAUGGUAUUCACUGAAAACAUGGUGACUCUGACCAUGUUGACCUUGUAGACCAUAACUGGUCAAGUGUUUUUAUUUUAGUAAGUUAAAGAUAAGUUUCAGUAUAGUUUUGUUUGUCAAACCUUGCCUUGUUAAUUGUUUUAUUUCAGUUUAUGAAAUAGUUUUUUCAUGAUUCGUUUUCGUGUUAGUUUGCUGUAAUAAUCUUCUUCCACACAGCUUUGAUCAUCAUGCAUCAUCCAAGUUAAAUAAAGGUUACACACACACACACCA